CAAGAACAAACUCUGAUCAUUCACGAUGAACUUGUAUAUCUCGCCUAAACUUGAAAGAUACAUCGUCUGAUCAUGGUCUUCUUGAAACUGGAAAUCAAAGCUGAGCUGGAAAACGUCACAGAUCUCGCCCCUUCUGGUGAUGAUUUCGAGUACUUCUUCAAAGUUGUCUGCAAUAGUUGUCACGAGGAACAUAAGAAGUUCGUCACGUUGAAAAGAUUGGAAACACGAAAUAUCUCGAAUAGCAGAGGCUCAGCUCACCUCGUUUGGCGUUGUGGUAAUUGUAAAAAGGAAAGCUCCGCUAGCUUUGUCGCUGAACCGUCAAAACCAUACUCCGCCGAAUCAAAUGGACAAUUUGCCACCCUAUUGAAGAUGGAGUGUCGUGGGUUAGAGUUCACGGACUUUGCUCCAGUUGGGCGGUGGUCAUGCAAGGGAGAGACCGGCACUAACUUCUCUGAUGUUGACCUUGAAGAUGAUGACUGGGUCGACUAUGACGAGAAGGCUAAAGUUGAUGUUCGCAUUUCAAACAUUGAAAGUCGAUGGACCAGGGCGUGAAUCAUCAGGAGGAAGGUUUCAUCAGUAUAUCUACAACAGGUGCAAGAUACAGUCGUGUAAAGUACCUUUCGAAGUUUCAGUACAUCGUAGUGUGAUAGAUGCGAAAGAUAACUUUCGGCUUAUAGAAGAUCUUUGCCAUUGUCCCUCGGUCUG